CGGCGGCAACAACUACGGCAGCUCCGGCACCACUGGCCUGACCGGCAACAACAACUACGGCAGCUCCGGCACCACCGGCUUGACUGGUAACAACAACUACGGCAGCAGCUCCACCAAUGCUGGCCCUCACAACAGCAACAUCGCCAACAAGAUGGACCCCCGUGUCGACUCUGACCGUGACGGCCGCGAGGGUGUUGCUGGCCCCCACAACUCCCGCAUGGCCAACACUGCCGAUCCCCGUGUUGACUCGGAUCGUGACGGCUCCCGCACCGUUGGUGGCAACAACUACGGCUCCUCUGGCAUGACCGGUACCCACGGCACUACUGGCACCCACGGCACCCACGGCACAUCCGGACUUCACAGCGGCCCUGGACCUGCCCCCAACACUGCUGGCCCCCACAAGUCUGACGCCAUGAACAAGUUGGACCCCCGCGUCGACUCCGACCGUGACGGCAGCAAGACCAUGGGCCAGGACAAGACUUACUCCGCGUAAGUCAACCACAGACCACCUCGGCCUGGAGUCUCCGGAAGCUGAUUCGACCCAGUGACGCCCACAAGGAUCCCACGGACGCUGCUCAGGUCCCUCCUUCUACUCUGCGCAAGGCCAUUGGUGAGCCCGCAGUCGCCCACGAUGACCACCACCACGGUCGCGAACGCAGGAACAGCAAGCCUACUGCCCAGGAGACUCACCGGGGAUUGUAAAUCGAACCCGAGACGAAUUAAUGACGAUGGAAUGAAACAAAGCCUGGCUCUUAUGCCUAAUGCUACUUUUGUACUCCUAGAUACCAACUGAAUAAUUGUUUCUGUUAAUCUGCAACUAUGUUCUGCAA